UGAGUUUUUGAUUGAUCUGAUCUGAUCUCGCUCGCUCGUUUUGCUCCACCCCUAGAUCUUGCUUGAUCUUGCAGGUUAUAUAUCUUUUCCCUUUUUGGGGCGAGGGGUAUAAAUGUGGAUCGAGGGGCAAGAAGAAGGGGAAGAGAGAGAGAGAGCAGAAAAGAGAAAAUAGAGGCUGUUGGCUAAUAUGUUCUCUAUGGUUGGUGGGAUAUGUAGUCGCCGACACCUAGGAAGUCAGAGUUAGACCAAAAGCACCCCCAACCCCCAAGCCCCUGCCACGCCCAACAACCAUGGAGCACGUAAGCAACAGCGUUUCGUCGUCCCUCGUGGAGAUGAAGAAGCAGCAGCGGUCGCUGGUGCCGCAGAAGUGGGAGGGCCAGGUGCGCGCGAUCGGGAUCGCGGAGUACAAGGAGGCGGCGCAGUCGCUGGCGCAGGCCUUCGCGACCGACGAGCUGGCGCAGUACCUCCUCGACGCCGACGACAUGGUCGGCUACGACGACGAGGCCAAGUGGCGCCUCCACGUCGACAUCUUCAACUACAUCGUCGCUGCCCAUUGUUAUCGGGGUGUCGUCACCACCAUCGGCCCCGACUACGAGGGCGUCGCGCUUUGGAUGCCGCCGGGGCAAGAGAUGGACGACUGGGUGACCAUCGUCCGCAGCGGCAUGUGGCGGCUCUACUACCAGCUCUCGGCCGAGGGGCGCAAGCGCUACUACCGCGAGCUCAUGCCCGUGCUCCACCACACCAAGGCAGAGACCAUGGGCGACCGCGACAGCGAGUGCUACUACCUCGUCUACCUCGGCACCAAGCCCAGCGGACAGCGCAGGGGCUACGCCAGGAAGCUGCUCGAGCAUAUGGCUGCUAAGGCCGACGCAGAAGGGCGCCCCAUGUACCUCGAGUCGAGCACGGAGCGCAACAACGCGUACUACAAGAAGUUCGGCUUCGAGGCCAAGAAGGACAUCUACCUCGGCGCCGACAGCCGCUCCCCCGUCCGCCUCACCAUCAUGGUCCGCGAGCCCCAGAAGCUGCCCCCGUCUACCACCAUCCCCAUCAAGUUGGCGAGGCGUGGUGGGGUUUAGGUUAUUGGGCUGGGGCUGGGGCUGGGGCUGGGGCUGGGGGGGAUGAGGGUAUAUGAUUGUAAGGACUUUGUUGUUUGUUUGUUUGUUUGUUGUUGUUG